GGAAUUUGUAUUAUUUAUAUAGUUAAUUAAAUCUUUUGUUAUAAGGAUGGACUUGCUAAAAGGCGGAUUUUAGAGUGAGAAUUCAGAUGGAGAUAGCUUAAGAUAAUCUUGGACUACUGAAGAUAGUCUAAGUAGAACUUCAAGCUAUGAUGCAGCUGAAGAAGUCAAUGAACUUGAGGAAAGAAUCUGUCAAUACUUAAACGAUUUAAACAUUCAAUCUUUUACAAAUCCUACUCUCAAAUAGGAAAUGUACAACCUCUCAUUGAAAAAAUAAUUAGUAAUGUAUAUCUUAAAUAUCUGUAGUUUUCAAAAAUGAUCUCAUUAUCGAACACAAAUAGCAGUACUCUUAUGAAGAAACGUUCGCUACUCUUAGCUGAGUGAAUAUUGCCAUUUUUCCAACACUAAUCACUUUUAUUCCUAUCUCAACAUAUAUAUUUUAAGCAUAAUUCUUAUUUUUAUUCUCAUAAAACCCUUCAUCAGAUUUCGCUUUUCAGU